AUGGCGAUCUAUCUCCAGGAGAAUCGAACCUCACCACCCAAAGACCUCAUUCAAGAAUUCACUACCUCAAAUCCUCCGCCAAACUUACCAUCAGAGCCUAGCUUUGGACUGGACUCCAUAUUUGGCCUAUGCUUAUCGUCCUUCGCUGCCCCUUUGUAUCUCUAUGCGUCCCUCAAGGGGAAAUUUCAAGUCUGGGACGACGUCUUAGCUUCGAUACCUGAUGAGGUGUUCCAUGGCCCUGCACUGGAUGUCGGGUGUGGUCGCGGGCUCGUGCUUCUCAAAAUGGCUCAACGCAAAAAGCAGCUCGCCGCUGGUGCUUUAGACGGUUCAAUAUGUCCGGCCUAUGGCAUCGACAUAUUUAGCAAGGCGGACCAGACGGGAAACUCGCCGCUUGCAACAUAUCAGAACGCGGCAGCCAUGGGAGUUUCAGAAAACACCGUGCUGCAUAGAGCCAGUUUCACUGAACAGCUCCCAUUCACCGAUGGAGUCUUUUCCCUUGUGACGUCAAAUCUGGCGAUACACAACGUCAAUCGCGAAGGGCAAACCGUUGCCAUCAAGGAGAUGGCUCGAGUCUGUGGCCGUGUAGUCAUCAUAGACCUGUUCGGGCAUUUUAAUGACCAUAAGACUGUGCUCCUGGAGCUUGGGUGGAGGGAAGUCAAGAUUGAGUUGGUUGGGUUUAGGAUGUUGUAUGGCGUUCUGCCAUGCCAGAUCUUGACAACAAUGAAGCCGUCACAUUGA